AUGUCUGCGAUGGUUUGCGGCAAGAGAUCCUUCUUCGAUGAUUUACAAUCGUCGUUGCCGACUUCACCGCCGACGCCUGUUUCAAAGAAGCUCCGGUGUUCCUCAACCUCUCCGAGAAGGUUCUCGCCGUCGCCGCCAGCGGAAGCUUCCGUUGAUCAUCUGAGAGCUUUGUUUCGCGAUUUUCUUGAGAAAGCCUUGGAGGAAUGUGGCAAUGAUUUGGAUGUUGCUAUUAAGAGACUGCAUGAACUUCAUCUUAUUCAUGCACAAGGAAAGUCAGUUUCUGCCUCAGAAGCUGAUGGAGAGAUGGACGGUGGUAUGUACAAAUGUUAUGUUCGACAUCUGAGUGCUGAUUAA